AUGAGGCAAAUUAAACAAAUGUUCUUUGAAAUAAAACUUUUUCAUAUAAAAAAAGUAAAUGAGAUAUAUUUCUCAUACUAUCAUCAAAAUUUUAAUGAUAGACAUACUUUUAUUUUAAAUAACUUUUACUUUAUUAUUACUAUGAUUCCAAACAAUAUGAAUCUAAAUAUUGUACUAUCAACAGAAAAUUCAAUAAAUGAUGGUAAAAAAAAUUCUUUAACUGGAGAAGGAAAACCUCCACUAUUGUGUGCUGUUUGUGAUGACAAAGCUGAUGGGAUACAUUAUGGCAUAUUGUCAUGUCGUAGUUGUUGUGCAUUCUUUCGCCGAAGCUGUGUUCAUUCUCAGAAAUAUGUUUGCCGUUAUGGUGAGAAGUGUAAUGUUACUAUGGGGGAUAGAUGUGUUUGUCGUUAUUGUCGUUUUACAAAAUGUUUAGUAAAAGGGAUGCAAAUUUCGAUGGUACAACCUAAAAGAGAUCCAACAGGUUCUCAAAAAAAUCGUAAAGCUCCAAAGAAAAAUAGAAGAUCAUUUGUUGAUGUUAAUGCUAAUCCUAGUUCAGUUGAGUCAGGAACAAGUGAUACAAUAUUAUUAAAUUCAGAUAUUUCAAUAAAAAAUUCAGUUGAUUUUUCACAACAAAUCUCUUAUGCAUCUUCUUCAGUUUCACCUGAUAGUGAAGAAAACAAGGCAUCUUUUGGAGAUAAUAAAAAUUGUGGAGAGAAUGAUGUUAGAAAAAGUAUAUCUUUACUUAAUAAUUUACAUAAUAGUGAAGAAGCAACAAAUAGUUUAAGAUUAGGAAAUCAGUAUUUAUUUUCUAAAUUCCCCCUACAUAGAAAUUACACUUAUGAACAUUUUCUUCAGCUGGUAAGCCAUUACCAGGAACAAUUAAGAAUGAUGGAAAUUGAAUUGACACCUGUUGAUGAUAUUAUUAAUAAAGGAAAUAAAACUAUUACCUUAAGGGAAUUUGUCCCUGAUGAUAUUGAUCCAUUAGCGAAAGCUGAAUUAAAUGGAUUAUUAUGGUUUAUUGAAAAACUUGAUCCUUUUCAAUAUUUGGAUCAAACUGAUAAAGUUGCUUUAUUACAAAGAUAUUCAAUAAGGAAAUUAUCACUUGAUCAUAUAUAUGUUGCAUCAAAAUAUCCAGAGGAAUUAGAAAAAAAUAAUUGGGUAAUGUUGAAUCAUGCAUAUGUUCCACCAAAUAAAACAGGAUUUGAACGUAAUAGUGAUCUGGAAAAAGGUAAGGCAGCUGCAGAAUCAAGAAGGAGAAAAUUUCAAAUUUUUAGACCAACAAUAGAUACAGUUCUUGAAGCUGUUGUGAAACCAUUUAGUAGAAUGAAAAUCAAUGAUUAUGAAGUUACCGUUCUUCAUCUUCUUUUAAUGUGGAGUAUUCGAAACAAUCGUUUUGUAGAUCCUUCUCUAAAGGCUAUAUUACGUAUACAAAGAGAUUGGGCAGUAAAAUGUUUAACAAAAUAUUAUGAAAGUAUAAAUCAUCCAGAAGCAUAUCUAAGACUAGGACAAAUACUUUUAUUAUUACCAGAAAUUGAAGUAGCAUGUGAUAUGCAUUGUCAAGACUAUAGUAUUGCUAAACUUUUUGACUAUGGUGAUAUGAGUGAUUAUUGGUAUGAAAAAUUGUGUUAUUCAAAAUUAAAUGUUAAAUAG